AAGUAUAUGACCUUGAAUACCCACACUUUCCCUCCAUAAUUAGAUACACUUGUAUACACACUUCUCUCGUUCUAUCAUGUUUGUGGAUUUGAUGACGGAACAAUUAAUUAACUAUCAUGUAUAUUUAUAGAAUGUUGUAACAUUCUACUUUCGGAUAUACUACAGGAUCCAUUUCGUCUCAUUGAAAUUAUUUACUUACAAUUGUGGAUCCUGGUACCAAAACCAGCAAGAUACGCGCCAAUCUGCUGAUUUAAACGUCAUUCGUUUCAUCAUUUUACAAUAUCUACACAUAUAUGUGUAUAUAUACACAGAAUGAAUAAAUCUAAUUAUAAUGAAUACGAUGAGUUUACAAAACGUAUAGGUUUUACAUCAAUGAUGGAACUUAUCUGUAUUUGUUUAUUUCCAUUAAUAUUACAAUGUUUACGAUCACUGGUAUGUAUACAUUUUAAUAUAUUAUCGAAAAAUCGAUUUUAUUUAUCUUUGAUUAUUGAUUAUUUCAUCAUUCUAGUACCAAUUAUUUUAUUAUUAACUUUAUUAUCUUCUUAUAUUAUUGUAAUUGUAAUAAGUUGUUUUGUAUUAUUUCUAUUAUGGUCAUUAUUACCAAACUAUAAUCAAAUGAAUUCUUUUGGAAAUUUCCAUUUUUUACCAACGGAUAUUUUAAUUGCCUAUUUACGAACCACCAUAUAUAUACUUUCUUGUAUUAUGAUUUAUGCUAUUGAUUUACCAAUCUGUCCAAGACGUUUUGCUAAAUCUGAGUUAAAUGGUCUUGGUUUAAUGGAUGUUGGUACAGGUUUAUUUAUAUGUGCAUCUAGUAUAUCCGGUUCUAAAUUAGUUUUCUAUAUGAAUAUUUACAGAGAUAAUAGUAGUAAAAGGUUUUUCGAUUGUACAUUGAAUUCUGUAGUACCAUGUUUACUUUUAGGAUUAUUAAGAACAUUAUUCAUUCAAAUGUCAAAUUAUCAUCAGAAUAUUGUAGAAUAUGGUGUCCAUUGGAAUUUUUUUUAUACUAUUGGACUGAUACGUGCCAUAUCACUCGUUAUGACCACUGGAAAUCCUAUCAGUAGUUAUUUGAUAACUUUUUCACUGAAAAAACAAAUUCUGUUCUAUUACAUUGUAUCCUCUAUAUUCUUAAUAUUCUCUGAAUUUUUGCCAAUAAUAAUUUGUCCAGAGUAUUUUCAAACAAGAUGGCAGUUUAAUCCAAGAACGCUACACUAUAUAAAUGAUAAUCGAUCAAAAUCUUUAUGGAUUGCUAAUUUUGAAGGUGUCACCUCCUUAUUUGGUUAUGCAUCAAUUUACUUUUUCAAUUUGAGUUCAUCACUUCUAUUUCGAUCUUAUUUGCCAACAGGCACCAAUAAUGACAGUAAUAAUGGAGUAAGUUCAUUGAACAAGAAGGAAUUUCCGCGUAAUACUUCGUUAUUCAGAUUACAUUUAAUCUGUGCUUUCAUGAUCUUAUGCUCAAUAAGUUGUUUCCACUCACUAGGUGGUAGUCAAAUGACAUCCAGACGUUUUGGAAAUUCUAACUAUGUAUUACUCAUUAUAUUUCUCUCAGUCAUUUGCUUUAUUUUUCUCACUUCGAUGAUUUCAUUAUUGAUACACUUUAAAUCACUUUUCAACCUGAAUUUAAGCUAUUCUCCAUUAUCUUUGAUAAUUAAUGAUAAAGGCUUGUUAUAUUUCAUCAUUUCGAAUUUAUUGACUGGUUUAUUCAAUGUGUUUUGUUUGAAUAAUCUACAGUUGUUACCUGAACGGGCAAAGUUAAAUGUUAUCAUGGGUACGUAUGAUGAUUUGAGCUGGUCUUCGUCAUUACUACAAUUUUUAGUGCUCUUAACCUAUUCGAGUUUAUCAGUUAUUUUUGUUUUAAUCGGUUCCUAUUACGAUUGUUUUAAAUUUCUUACUUCUAAUGUGUUUGGUAUUUUUAAAUAAAUGAUUGGUGUGAACCAA